CUACAGGAGCUCCGCAUCGGUCGGAUAAAACUCGGAAGUGGAGAGGAUGUCUGCGACUGCACUGCGCUUGAUCCCAUGCAGGAGACUCAGCAGGCUCGGCUUGCCCGGCGUGACCAAGGUGCUACGGUGGAGAGAUUUCAGGAAGGUUGCCAAGGUGACAGGAGCAGUGCUGUUCGGAGGCUGCCUUUUCAUCACGUACGAGGUGGUGGCCUUGGACAAGGCGGUGACCAUCGACACGAGCGCCGUUCGUCAGGAGAAGUACAAGUCUUACAUCUACCUACAAGCCAGUCUCUCUGAUGAAAAGGAGAACCUCGCUGCAGGGAUUACACACAAGACGAGGAGGGAACUUCACAAAGCAGCAAGGCGCUUUCUCGAAAUCUCGUCGCGGCUUCUUUUGCAAUCAUUAGAUGAGCGCCUCAGUAACAUGGAUGCAGACCCACACGAGGUGGCCUUAUGGAUCCUGCUGAAGAGGACGCAGUCUGACAAUCCUGCACUCAGAUUACAGGCUGUGCAGGAACUGGCAGACAACUGCUACUGGCACGACUACCAGUAUCAGACCGCUGCUCAGGUGAUGGACCAGAGGACCGCGGUGGGCCUCGCACGGAGUCCUCGAGCGGACAUGAGAUUCUUCCUGCCGCCGCCUGCACUUCCCGACCUCGAUGAUGGUUUCUCGGCAGAGGACGGUCUGAGGCAGCUGCUCGCCUCCCUGCCGCAGUCCGAGGUGGACAAAUGUGUUCAGUACUUCACCUCGCUGGCCCUCAGAGAGAGCACUCAAGCGCUGGCGGCGCAGCGAGGUGGCCUGUGGUGUUUUGGCGGCAACGGGCUGCCGUACGCCCAGAGCCUCACGUCUGUUCCUUCUCAGAAGGUGGAGUUCUUCUGCCUACAAGCUCUAGUACAGCAUUCCAAGGUGAGGAGCCACUGUGACCACAUCGUGUCUAACGGGGGUCUUCAGCUCCUUCAGAGGGUCUAUCAGCUCCGUAGAGACUCCAAAAAUAUACAGAGGAACAUUGUGCGGAUCAUCGGGAACCUGGCGCUUAACGAGCGAGUCCACCAGGCCAUCGUCCAGGCAGGGUGGCUGUCAGUGCUGGCCGAGAUGGUGCAAUCGCCCCAGGUCAUGGAGGCCUCCCACGCGGCACGUGCCCUGGCCAACUUGGACAGGGAAACGGUGAAGGAGAAGUACCAGGACGGCGUUUACAUCCUCCACCCGCAAACACGUGGCAACCAGCCAAUCAAAGCGGACGUUUUGUUCAUCCACGGGAUCCUGGGGGCCGCGUUUAAGACGUGGCGCCAGAGGGACAGAAGCGUGCCGCAAGACGAGAACGACAAAGACUGCGAGGACGAUUACACGGAGUGCUGGCCGAAGACGUGGUUAGCCGCUGAUUGUCCGAAUCUGAGGGUGUUAUCGGUGGAAUACGACAGCCACCUCAGUGACUGGUUGGCCAAGUGUCCAGCUGAGAAUCAGAGGAAGUCCUUGGCUUACAGGAGUCGAGAGCUUCUCAAAAAGCUCAAGAUGGCGGGGGUUGGAGACCGACCGGUGGUCUGGGUCGCUCACAGUAUGGGAGGCCUGCUUGUGAAAAAAAUGUUGAUCGACGCCUCAGAGGACCCGGACUUGAAGGACCUCUUCAAGAACACCAAGGGAGUUUUGUUCUACAGCGUUCCCCAUCAUGGCACCUUCAUGGCGGAAUACUCCGUCAACGUCCGAUACCUGCUUUUCCCCUCGAUAGAGGUCAGAGAACUUUGCAGAGAUUCUCCGGCGCUCCGUGAUCUGAACGAGAACUUCUUGAACAUGGCCAAAGAAAAAGAAAUUAAGGUGCUAAGCUUUGCAGAGACGCUGCCCACGAAUAUCGGUCCUAUGAUCAAGAUACUGGUGGUGCCUGCACAAUCCGCAAAUAUCGGCGUCGGGGAUCUGAUCGAGGUGGACGUGGAUCAUCUCAGUAUCUGCAAGCCAGAGAGGAAGGACUCAUUCUUGUACAAGCGUAGCCUCCAAUUCAUCCGGGAAACACUCCACAGUACCAUCGGCCGCUGAGAGCCAC